AUGUCCUUCACGCCCUACUCGGGGGGGCCACCGCCAUCCGCUGGCCUUCUGUUCGGGGGCGGUCGACCGCCGGCCGAGCCGCUGAUUAUUGGGCUGGAAGACUUGAGCCCUGUGGCGCCCGCACCGUCAUUAGAUGCCCCGUUCGUAGACAGAAUCGCCGUCGAUGCCACCGUCGAUGCCGCCGUCGAUGCCACCGUCGAUGCCGCCGUCGAUGCCGCCGCCGAUGCCGCCGCCGAUGCCGCCGUCGAUGCCGCCGCCGAUGCCGCCGUCGAUGCCGCCGUCGAUGCCGCCGUCGAUGCCGCCGUCGAUGCCGCCCCCUCGCCCUCUUCUUCGGAGUACUACCUUUCCGGAGCUUUCGCCCCUUCCUAUGCUCCGGCCGCUUCCACAGCUCACUAUGCCGGGCCAACUGGCGUCCCCCCAGUUAGCGCUCCGCAUAAUCCUCGAAUGCCGGUUUUCCAUCUGGUUCCUGGGCCGCCUCCUGUGGCGAUGAUGGGCGUCCCGGGAAGGCUGCCCGAGGGACAUUUCGGCGCCCCCUCAUCAUUGACCGGGCUACCAAUCUUCGCGCCUGGCGCGCCGGCAGGACCGCCCACGUCUGCCCCUCCGUCCGAUCGGAUUGACUUCACUCGACUGGAUCGAUUGGUUAAUCAGCUGGAUGCCAGGCUGUCUCCAGGUUCGAUUCGGCCCAGCUGGCCUCGACGCUCGGAAGCUGGGCACUUCCGUUCGCCCAUGGCACUUGAGGGCGACAGCCGGGUCCCCAAGCGCCCUCGUUCAGGCGAAUACCCAAGCCGAGCUACUUCCGGUGCUUGGCCCGAGCGAGGGCCAUACGCCACAACUGGCGAAGCAGCCGCUGCCUCCGAGCAUUCGGCUGGUCACCCGAGGCCGGUCUUCAUCGGCGGCCUUCCUGCGGCCAGUCAGCCAGGUCCAACUGGUUUGGACUCCGACUCGGACUCGGACUCGGACCUGGAAAUUGAACGCUUGCUGCAUGAUGCAUAUCGCACCUUUGGUGGGGGUGGCCAGGCGCCUGCCCACAGACACCCCUCGGCCGCGCGGCCAACUCCGCAGUCGUGGUCGGCGUCGGCACCGGAGCAGGCCAUGCAUCCUUACUCGUCUUACUCCUCGACUUCAGGGGGUUCUUUUUCCUCCGGCUCCUCGGCUCCCGGAUAUGGUCAGCAUAUGCAGGCACACCCGCCGUCACGACAGCCACCGCAGCCGCAGGCGCAGCCACCGCAACCGCAGCCACAGCCACAGUCGCAAUCACAGCCCCGGUCAAGGGGCCCGCCACACUCCCAGCACCGCAUUGAGCAGCCGGCAGUCACGCUGGCCCCCGCCUCGAGAUCUGGCCAUGCACUGAGCCAGCAGCAGCUGGCUGCCACUGUCGGGCAACUGCACGGGGAAAUCCAGAAGCUUGCAGCGGAAAAGUCCUACUGGCGUCAGGUGGCCCGGGAGAAUGCUCGUAACCCCACACAUGCCGAGGGUCGCCGGAUUGCCGCCGAGCAGGCUCUCACCUCGGCGCAGGACGAGAUUGCGGAGCUCCGGCGCAAGUACCGCGACCUCAAGCGCAAGGUGUUCGAUUUGCACAAGCGAGCCAUCCAACAAGCGGGGGCCCGGUUGGCGGCGUCUGCGCCGCAUUACCCGGAUUCCGGCCCUCGGCCUUCGGAUCUCGACCGGCUGGCCAUCGAAACGCCAGCUCGGCGGUCAACCAGCCGGCGGCCCCUUCUACCCUAUCAUAACAUGGCGAAUGGCUCCUCGCGUGCCCAUGCGCCAGUCAACGAGGCGGACUUCCUUCGGUCGCGUGCUGGAAGCCAGGCCUCCCAUGGCGCCACGCACCCGGCCGACUGGCAGGAGCCAGAGCGUGGUAGCCGUUCCCGCCAGGCGCCAGCCAACUAUGCAGAUGUCACACCUCAGCGCGCGGGUGGCACCAGGGCACAUGUGGCUGCGAACUCGCGAUCCACGGCCGCCGUGCAUGGUCCAUCGGCGCAUCCGCCGCAGCCAGCUGCCAGCCGGGGCCGAUCACGCACGCGGCCCAGUGGGACCACCACCAGUCACCGGGACUUGGUGGACUGGCUAUCGGAGAUUGGCCAAACCACCCCAACACCCCUGCCACAGGUGCCCCCGCGUGUGGACCGCUCCCAUGGCCGGCCUUUCUGAAGCAAGAAGUUGCUUCAUGC